AUGGAUAGAGUCAAGGAUUUGGCAUCAAAGAAAGCUGCAGUUGUAUUCACAAAGAGUUCAUGCUACAUGUGUCACAGCAUAACACAGCUCUUCUAUGAGCUAGGAGCAAGCCCUGCAGUGCAUGACCUUGACAUUGAACCCUACGGUAGGGAAAUGGAAAGGGCUCUAAGGAGCCUUGGAUGUAACCCUUCAGUUCCAGCAGUGUUCAUUGGUGGAAAGUUUGUAGGGUCAUCAAAGGAUGUGAUUUCUCUUCAUGUUGAUGGUUCUCUCAAGCAAAUGCUCAUGGCUGCUAGGGCCAUUUGGUUCUAG